AGCUGCGAAAACGGUUAACAAAAUUCAGCACCAGUCCACUUUUACGUACUCUUCAUAAAGAUUAGAGCGUUUUUGUCGCUUAUUUGACUGGGAAUUACGCGUCGUCCUCAUUAAUUAAGGAUACGUAGACAUUUAGCUGUGGAUAGGAUACGAAGGCACAUACCCAAAAUUUGUAAUGUCGAGUUCAACUCGAGAUUUGGAACAACAAGUACUUCAGGAAUAUAGUAAACUCGCCAAAAAUACCGAAAACCUCGCUAAUGUCUUGCGCCAGCUCGUCAAUAAUUCGAGUUCGGAAUCUUUAGACACAUUUCGAGAGCUUGAAAAAAAGGCAGGUCUUGUUUACACGCUUUUUAAGGCUAGCAUAUGGGCCAUUUUAGCUGACUUGGAAAAUGCUCAAGAAGAAGCUUCCGGAAGUCAAAGUCAAAAUUGAAAUGAAUGAAGCUGUUUCUGUGUUACCUUGUUGAGCACUAUUAAUGGUGCAUUAUUGUCAUACAGAUGUUCUUCUUGCAGAAUUGGUUCAUUAAACAAAUGCCGUUGAACUACGAGUUACUGUUUAACUGGGUCCAAUUUCAAGUAUAGAGAGUGUUGAUGAAAAAUUGUCACCUCCUUACGUCUUUUUGUUUGUGUUCUAGUAUCCCAUGUGCAAAAUAUGUUCCAAGUUCAAACUUAACUUUUGAUUAUUUUGCACUUGUUUUUACAUAUACAAGACCAUCGAAAAAGCUAGGAAAAUGGAAUAACGGAACAAGCUACGGGGUUUUUCCAUUCUAUAUCAUUAGCGUCAUGGAUACUCUACAAUGAUCAGUGAGACCCUGAUACAUUGAAUCAAGAAUCAAGUUUUAUUAAGGUUUUCUUCGUCAAAUCCUUGCUUUGUUUAUGUUAUACUAUGAAAUACUAUUAAUCUUAUACGCUGCUGUAAAGUGUAUUCAAUAUUGCAUUUAACUGUAAACUUUGCGAUAUCCACA